UGAGCUUGCAUGUUCAAUGCAUUUGAGCAUAUGACAUAUUUCAUUCUUCAAAUCAAUUAAGUUAUCGACUGAAGUGGAUAUAAUUGUGGUUUUAAAAAGUGCUUUCCGUUCAACACGUGAUCCGUUGCAUAAAUCAUUGACGUUGCUUAUAAUAACAUGUGGUAUCGUAUUUAAAGCACGGAGUAAUAACAGAGCGUAACAUUACACCAGAGAACGAUCGCCAGGGUUAAGGUUGCGUCGCACACGCCCGUUGAGUUUGAAGGUUUACAUUUACACCGCGCCACGUCCUGCUAUCAUCCUUCGUUUGAACGUAGACAACACAGACAACAAUAACUAUGAACUUUGUAUUAUUCAUGAAUUGCGCGCUACUUGCGCUGUUUUCCACGACAAGUUUAGUAUCUUCCGGUGAAGAUGACUACGACCCAUGCAAAGCAGGUUGGUUUCUUGUAAACUUUGUGAGUUUUUUUUCUAAUUUUAUCUCAAAUUUUUUCUCCAGCCAGCUCCGUCAUGUCACAGCAAGAUACAUGUCUCACGAUACUGCUUCUUCUAACACCAUUCACUUGAUUUCCAAUUGUUUCAGCUGCUUUUGUGAAUGGCGAUAUAGCCAUAACAAAGUAUGAACUAUUGCGUAUGAAAAGAACAAGGAGAGCAGCUACUUCGUUGAGUCGUCGGCGUUGGAAAUAUGGUAUUAUACCAUAUGAGAUAGAUGCUGUAUUUACAGGUAUGAUGUUUCACGUUUAUUUAUAGUCCGAUUCCAAACACAAUAUAAUGAUGAUUCGUCUCAUAAACGGCCAUAAACCAACUUCAUGUCUACACAUAUAUCAACUACCGUCUGGUCGUAAUUUACAAUAUUAUACUUCGUCAGUGUUCAGUAUGAUUCCAAUGUAUUGAUUCAAAGAUAUCUAUGUAUGCGGCACAACGACGUAUGAUCAACACACACUAAAAAUGAUAAACACGCUGUAUGAAAUAUAACGUGAGAUGCUUUUCCUGUAUAACAAAGGAAUUCGUGUCUACAAGUUAAUAGUUGAAAUAAAGUUGUGAUUGCUUGAUUAGUGUCUGGAAAAACAAAGAGGCGGAUGCACUUUAAGUAAACCUUCGGCAAAUGAUUGCACGUGUUGUUUCAUACAAAACGAAGCGUCUAUCAAGCGCUAGCGUACAUAAACGACUUGGUGCAUUUGCUUAAGAUAAACAGUCGUUCAAAAGCCAGACUCGAUCUCCGACAAGUCAAGUAUAUUGCCGAAACAAUGUCUACGUGAACUAUUCGUUAAAUGCAUUGUUUACAACAGUAUAUUAACAUUAAUAUUUUCCGUCAGAACUACUAUGUAUAACGCUGUAUACCUAUAUGGAACCAUAUUACUGAGUAGACACGAAUGCUAUUUGUAUUUUUAAAGUAUACAUAUCAGUAAUACAUUAUAUCCGCGCAACGCAACAUAUGCCAGAGACACUUGACGUAGAAUUUCCAUUGUCUGCGCUUUUUGCUUUGUAUUAACGACGCGUGCGAAAGGUAUCUUGUGCCAAAAUAUAGGAAAUAACAUGACAAAAGGUCACAAAGUUUUUAGCAUUCUUGCUUGUCUUUUGGAAACGCAUAAUGUGCGCGGAUUCUGUUGUAUUUAAAUACUUCAUAAGUAAAUACCUCUUUGGGCAUCACCUUUACGCUUUAGUUACCAGUUUAAGGCAUAAAACCGGUAUUAUUUUUAACUACGCAUUUAUUAUAAUCUUACCACUAGCGCAGUAUAUUAAUCUACAUUGCAAACAGCUUGCAAGCUGGGCUUGAUUUUCAAUGAUCAUUUCACAAGGCUUUGAUAUUACCGUGGGAGAAUGUUUAUGUCUUACGAUUUCUUAUCACGCUUCUGAUAGUUCUGAUUAAAUUUUUGCCUUGCCUUAUCAACAUGCUAUCUUUCUUUAUUGUAUGAUAUCUCCCUUGCUUUGACGUUAAUUGAUUAGCUAAAGCUUUGUUUCAUAUGUAUUGGGUUAAAGUACAGCGCUACCGUGAACAUAUUAAGUCGUAAUUACUCACAACAUGCGACGCGCUAACGUUCGAGAUAAAUCCAGAAAUCUUUACACGUUACAAUCAAUUAUAAAAGGGCAAAUAGUUUGUUAUCAUUAUCUACUUAUGGACGCAAUAUUAUUGUCUUAAUUUAAUGGAGCACCGCAAUUUAUGCAAAUAUACUCGAAUGAAUGACAUUCGAUAUCGGUGUUAUCAGAAUAAGAACAAAGUAUUUUAAAUUUAUAACAUAUAAACCGACAUUGUUUAUAAACUAUAGUACCAAAAAUAUGAUAUUAUGUAUCUUGAUAUUAACCAUACGAAAUUCUUCGUACUGAUUUGCUUGUGAUAUCGUAUACAUGUAUAGCGCAUAUACUAUUUUACAGUAACGGGAACAGUUCGAUACAUAAGAAGAGAACUAGUGUAUGUAAACAACUUUAUGGUAUGUCGUAUUUGAAAUGUAUGCGCUCCAUUUCUAUAUAAAUUUAGUAUGCCCAACUGACAUUUUGACAAGAAAAAAGCUUCGAUUUACUGUUUUAAAGAUAAAUAUAAAAGCCCAGGAAAUGACUUCCAAACAAGACAUAACAAUAAAGAAUAAAAUUUAUUUGCUGACGUUUCGUUGUAUUGAAUGUUUGAUCUUUAGAAGAUUUGAAUCUAUUGACAAGAGUAUGCUAUACUCUUGUAUAUAGAGUGAUAGGUGUGAAUGUUCUUAGCGUGGGAUGUGUAUAGUGUAGUUUAUCUUGAAAAAUAAAGUGGAUCGAAACAAUUCUUAAUGUAGAAGAUUUAUCCCACUUUAUGAUCCAGAUAAUCUGGUACUUAUAUCCAGUCUCAUGUUGCAUAGAUCUUUGAAAGACAUACAUUAUUGCAAACUUAACCGAUGACAGGAAUACAUCCUCGCACUCUAAUUGAAUUACUAAUGAUCUUCAUACUUUCGUAAUGUUUGGCGAUAAUCUUCACGAUUUUUGAUCCGCUAUAUGUCCUGAAAACCUGGCCAGAAAUCUAGCCAGAAAUAUUGUGACCUUAAACAUCAAAAAUUUAAUCUUAUCAUGCAGAAAGAUAGAAAACCUUACCUAUAUAAAUGCUCACAAUCAUUUUCACCUCAAUUACAAAGGGUAUAAUUAGAAACCUGUUGCUAAACACACCAUGGUUUUGAUAAACUAAAAUCUCCAACUACUGGCAUACAUGUACAUGCUUUUGUCAGGCCGCAAUUGGACAGUUGAAUAAAGCAUUCAAGUCUGAUGUUCAAAUCGGUUAAUAACUUGGGGGCAAAGUACAUUAUAGAGCAGUACACUACAAUAAAGCUAGUGCACACAAAGAAUAUCUUAGUACACUAUCGUGAAUUAUUUUACAACCUUUCUUGCCAUCCACAUUACUGAAAGUGGUAAUGUUUAUAGUAAACAAGUAUGACAGCACGCGAGAGUUUUAAUCUUACUAAGGCAGAUAAACCUUUUGAAAUAUUUCCUGAUCACAAAAGUAACCUUAUAGUAAAACUCUAUUGUUGAGAUGAGAACUCUUUUAGAUGAAACUGCUUGCAUGCAACACAUUGCUCGACAUACUUUGAAUACCCGAAAUAGUCACAUGUAUGUUGUAAAAUUGUGUUCAGAAAAGUUUAAAAAUAUUUUAUGGGACCAAACCUGGCUUUGGUGUUUCAUUUAAUAUUUCAUGACAUUGUCAUUGAUGCUUAAACACUUGUUUGUUCACAAAAGGUUUUAAUGUUUUCCAUUUGGAUUACCUAAAGGUUUUGAUUGUAAUACUGGUGUCUUCAUGAAAGGUUCGAAAUAUGUAUAAACAUAUCAUGGCAGACAUGGCAAGUGCAUGUCUACAUGGUUGUUUUAUGCCGACCAAUUGCAAAAAAUGAAGCGUAUAAGGCAAUUCCUUGAAAACAUCUUGCAAACCACCUUGACAAGCCUACUUUCACAUAACACCAAAACUAUUUCUAAUGUACGUAUAUAGCACACAAAAACUUGCUAAUUUAUAUUACCACAUUGAAAUAUAACUUCAACUGUAAAUCGUAAACUUUAAGGUAGGUCGUUUGAAAUUUGUCGAAAUUACUGGUGUAAAACAAAUUCUAUCGUCGUAUCGAAGUGUUUACUGAAUAUACUGGCUUGGUUAUUGCGCAUUGGCUAUUCUUCUUUUUAUAUAUUUCUAUCUACAUAUAUACAAAGGUUACUUAAGAAAUUAAUGACUAUUUAACUCUAUAUAUAUAAAAGUUGGAUAGUUACUUAAACGAUGGUCGAUGCUAAUAUUACACUAAAUACUUCGAGAGACUUUGUUUUACAACCAGUGUCAGUGAUUUUGGUUGCAACUGACGACCUUUCUUAUUUCCAGAUUUUGCGAUUUACAACAUCCUGUCAUACAAUUGACUGCAUGUUGUAACAGAGGAAGCCAUAUUUCAAUGUGAUAUAUAUAUCGCGGUAAAUCAGUAUCGAAGCCCAAUAAAUUAUGUCGGUGAUUUCUGGCCAUGCAUGCGCAUGCAUGUAGGUGUCAUUGAAUGAUUGCUUCAUUAUGCUAAAAGUCAAAACUUUAUUGUUUUUACUGUGCACUACUGCACAAGUGAAGUUACGCUGAACAAAAACAAAACAAUAGUAACUAUAUAAGAUUGUCAAAACAUUGACCGAGUUUUCGAACGAUCAUCUUGAUCAGUUGACUAUGCCAACCAGGAAACAAUUGCAGAAUCAUUUGCCUGCAGUAAUUAAAUUACUUCAGUCUGUAUAAAAACUGCUCAAUAAAAAAAAUAUUUGCCGCACAAUAAUCAAUAUGUCAAUAUGCGCACUUGCGAAACAAAAUGCCCUGGAAUUUGUUGGGAAUCGCUCCUCCCAGUUCCACUGUUUAGUAUAGUGGAAAAAUUCUUUUAUAUUUAAGAUAUCAUCAGAAACAUUUUUGAGCUGUUUAUAUAGAUAGAUAGAUAGAUAGAUAGAUAAUUUAUUUAAUCACGUAUCACCGUAGAGCUAGAAAAAGCUCGUAAAAACGUGAACCAUAGCAAUUUAUACACUCCAUAUACUGUAUAAUACAAUACAACAAUUAAUUUAAACCCUAUAAUAAAUAUAAUUAUUAAAAUUUAUUAUAUAUAGUAGAGAGUAGGAUACUGAAAAAUAUAGACAGUGAGAUAUUUUCCAUAUCUUCACUAUAGUGAAGAUAUCGAUCACGUGACUUUUUCCAAUUGGCUUUUAGCGUGAAAUUUCACAUGUUUUUGCUUGGGACUAUAUAAUAAACAGAACAUUACACGGUGGCUUGAAGAUAUGACUUUAUCUUCUCGUGUUAAAAACAAUAUUUUACUCGCUGCGCUCGUUCGUAAAAUAUUGUUUUCACCACUCGAAGAUAAAAGUUAUGUCUUCGCGCCGCCGUGUACAAUAUCAUAUAGCUCUCUCUCUAUAUAAAUUAUAUAUACAAUAGAAAACAUAUGACUUAUAUAUAUAAGUGUAUAAUAAAGCAUUUCUAAAGUUUGAUUGAAAUGUUGCUUAAUUUCAACUGGCAUAUCAUAUUUUCUGCAGUGAAAUUCAUACAGGUAAGGGAGUGUUCAUUAUUUAUACCCGGGGUUGGUACCGAAGAGAAAUGGGUUGGGUAAGCCAUUUUUCUGGGGUAUGAAGGGUUGGGUAAAUAUUUUUUGUACAGAGCCUAUGGUUGGGUAAAUUAUUUUCAAUACAAACCUUCAAUUGAAUAAAAUAUGAAAAUCGUUUAUUUAACAAAAUGGGUCAUUCCAGGAAAUAUCCAUUCAUUCCCCACAAAGAAAACUAGACAACAACUCCCCAUCCCCUCUGAUUACAACAACGAGAUAUGGUAUAGGACUGCAGGAACUUGGAGGCUUGGGAACAUAAUAUGAUCUUGUGAAGGUACAAAUGAUUAUACUUGACAUUCAGUUAGUGCACCAAAUAUGCUUCAAAAACUCAUUAAUAAUUCAUGAGGAAAACACAAAGAGAAAUCAUAAUCGUGGCGUGUCUUUAUAUGUGAUAAAACACGCUUCGAAUUUCAACUUGUAUUUUCUCAGCUAAUACAAAGUUAUUUUGGAAAAUUAUUUCGCCAAUGCCGUGAUCUAACUGAGACGUUUUUGAAGUACUAUUUAAAAAACGAGCGGGAGUGUUUUAUUAGGUUUAAAGCCACGAGCGCGCAGCGCGAGUGGCUUUAGACCUAAUAAAACACGACCCGCGAGUUUUUUAAAUGACUUCAAAAACGUAUGCAUAAUAAGUCAAAUCUUUAUAUAAAAAUCUUUAUAUAAAAAUCUUUAUAUAAAAACCUUUAUAUAAAAACCUUUAUAUAGUUUGCAUAACAAUGGUCUUUUGUUAAAGUGUUCUUUAGCUGGUAUAAAGACGUAUGCACAUGACUAAUUUCUUACUCAAGAUUGGAUAAUUGCUUCAUGAAUUAUUAAUGAGUUUUUGAAGCUGUUUAAUAAACUCGUAGUUCGUGUUUUAUCACAUAUAAAACACUCCGCUACUACUCGUUUAUUAAACAGUACAUAGUACUGUUUAUACUAUAGUGGCCUAGCUUGUAUAAUAAUAUAUAUGUAUAUAUGUAAAAUACUUGUAUAAUUUUGAAAUUGGGUUGGGUAAAAUAAAAAUCCAAGUCAUGCAAUAGUUGGGUACGGGAAAAAAUGGUUGAUCGAAAGGGUGGGUGUUUUUUUCUCUUUUCGAUUAGUUUCUCUUCGGUACCAACCCCGGGUAUAAAUAAUGAACACUCCCUAAAUUCAGUUUCUUACAUUGCCAUGACAUAUACAAUCAUGCAUAGAAAAUAGAUGCAGAACACAGAACAAUAUUGUGAAUAUAGACAACAGGAAGUAUAGUAUGAUUUUACGUAAAUGUUGAUAACUUUGAAGGCAGGAAAUUGUCUAGCCUGCGUCACAGACGCUCGUGACACAGACUAUGUCGUAGUCUAGAAAUUGUCUAGCUAACUUUUAAAAAAGUUUUAAUCUGAUUUAAUAUUUUUUCCUAAAAAAAUAUUCUAUGAAAUAAACGAACCAUUAUUAAGUAACGUUCGAUACGUUAAUCGGACUAAUAUUAAUUUAAUUUAUUGCGUGAUGCUUGUUUGUUGACUCAUCUUUUUGCCGCGACCACAGAAAUGAACGUAAUUGUGGCGCUGAAAGACAUCCACUUUAUGUAGAAGUGCUAAUAACGGUUUCGUUUUCUGCAUUUUCUCAAUUUUCGCGUAUUGAUGGUUUAGUAAACAGUCAACAUGCAAUAAUCACGUUCAAGUAUCAUACUGCUUCGUGUAAAUAUUGGAUCAAGAUACGUGGGGAAUGAUCCAAGUUGACGUCACCAAUUUCUCAUCUCACUGUCUAUACAGAUCUUUGCCAAAAAUGGACCUCGCAAUUGAAAUCCAUGACCAUGCUCGAAUUUAGUCUAUUCCGAAGAUUUCAUGAUGUUUGGACAGGACAUUCAGGGCGCGAGUUACGGCGAUUUUUUUCCCACUAUAGUACUCUAUAUAUAGCUAUACAUUUGUUUGGAAUUUCCGCUGCAGUGAUUUUUUCAACAUUUGAAUUAUUAAAAGACGAAUGUUUGAAAAUUUUCGACUUUAUUUCAAAGUCAUCAUCACAUAUCAUCAGUGCGUAGAUGUUAUAUUUAUAUUGAAUAUUCAUAGAAUGUUCUGGAAAAUUCCGUGUCAAUAACAAUAACAAUAACAGUGUCCAACACAUGUAAUUAUUAUUAUUAUGUAUUAAUAAGAAUAACUUUUGUUUUAUUUUUGAGAUGGAAUAAAAAAUCAGCUACAGUUGUCGAUGGAGGCUUUAUUAUUUAGCAUUAUUAUUUUGCAUUUUCCGAUUGAUUCUUAACUUACAUUUUUUACGUUUUUAAUUCUCUGGGCGGCCCUUAGUUUUUGAACUAACCCUACCCAAUGAGCGUUACGCCACUGGAUAUCAUCCCAACGUAUUUGGGGAAUUUCAGUAAACAAAGUAGUUUUCUCAAUACCCUGCAGCUACUUUCGCAAGAAAUAACAGCUGUUUUUCACGAAAACCUUGAGCUAAAAACAGAAAUUGCAUUGUUUUCCAAAAAAAGAUAUCCAAGUACAACUAGAUACAAAAUUCAAGUAUAUACUGUACAGAGAAUAAUACAUGGAUGCUUGGAAAUACCAGAUUUAUUUCUCGUGUUGAACAUGAUAUCUCACGACUCACACGAGUGAGCGCAGCGAACGAAUGAGAUAUCAUGUUCAACACGAGAAAUAAAUCUGGUAUUUCCAAGCACCCAUGUAUUUUUCUGUUUAUUAUAUAAACAAAAUUCGGUGAAAAACAAUAAAACGUCCGUGGCAAUGCGUUUUACAACAAAUGAUAUUUUCACACGUAAAAAUAUCGUAUUUUUUACGUAUGUUUAAAUACGAUUUUUCCCAGUGGCCAAAAACUCUAUAUAACACUCAUGUUUAUAUAAUAAAUAUUUUUAUGUCAUGAAUUUUGCUAUGCCUAUGGCGUCUCAGCAUGGUACAGAAAGUGCAGAACAUGUUUCAAGAAAUAUUGGGUCGUACCCGGUAUAGACUGAACACACAUAAAUUUCAAUUUACUGAAAAAUGUUCUCCCUUCAACUUCCCUAAAGUCUGGUUUCCAUAUGGUCGUAAUGGUUGUAAAAAUAGAGUCACGAUCUUUCUCAACGGCCAGUUUAUAAUAGUUUAUACCUGCAAACCACAUUUAACCACAUAUAUUGUUAUGAAUACCGGGUGGCCCAAAAAAAAGUACUCCUGUUUGAUUCGUAAUAACAUCUAAACAAGUAUAGCUUUUAAAGAGAAAUAACUUGCAUCAAAUAGAGGAAGGACUAACUUAGACUUUGAUAUAUUACAGUUGUAUUUCACUUAAAAAUUCACGGAGAUAUUAAUCUUUAAAUUCGGGAGGAUAUUUCAGGAUGUUUCUGAAAUAUGCAAAAAUCGGCGUAUCAAAUAUUAAUCAAGAUUUGCCCGACUCAAACAUGCACUAUUACCAGUAAAUAAAUGACACUUGACAAAUUGUUUAUUAUGAAACAAAGUAUUAUUAUAUCUACAAAAUACAAGCAAGAUUCAUUCGUCCGAAAUUCGCGUGUGUUCCUAGCACGAAUACGUUUCCUUAUUUCAUGAGACCACUGCAUCGCGAAGGAUCGUCAUUGGAUCGUUCGUAGUUCUGAAUUAGGGCAUGCUGUCACAAGGGAAUUGUGAAGCUCUUCUAACUUCUGCAACGUUCUGAAAUCUUGUUAAGAACACCCAAACUCUUUUGCCGUUUCUUAAUCUUGGCAAGUUCAUGGAGUAAACUGAGAAUUAUAUGAAACACAAUCAAACCAUACAACUCCAUAAGACAUAACAAUUAAGCAACUCCCCAGAGACAUGCAACAUUUUUGGAACAAAACGUAACAAAAUAGUAGCGUUGAUACGGUGAUGUGUAUUUGCAAAAAGCAAUAUUAUUUCAUUCAAUAAAGAAUAUUCAUCCUGCUCUAACCGAGAAAUAAUCUACUCAGUCUGUUUGAACCCAUUAAAAACAUAAAAAAAUUAGGCUAUUUAAGAAUACGAAAAAUUUAAGCGCCUGCCUUCCAUGGUCAGUCUUUCAUGUACAUUUAAGUUUGCAAAGACCUAAUAUUAAAUACUUGCAUAAUUUCGAACGUUCAUAUUUCAGGAAACAAUGAGCUAAGACUUACAUGUAAGAUGUCUAAAUCUACGCCAUAUCCCUUACAAACCUUAACGAUAAUUCGCUGAAAUACAAGUUAGCCUAAUAUGUCAUUAAGCAAACAAACGCUGGAGUUAAUAUUUGAUAUGCCGAUUUUCGCUAAUUUUAGACACAUUCCAAAAUAUGCUCCCCAUUUUUUACAUUAAUAUCUCCGUGAAUUUUUAAGUUAAAUACAACUGUAAUAUAUCAAAAUCUAAGUUAGUCCUUCCUCUAUUUAAUGCAAGUUAUUUCUUUUUAAAAACUUUACUUGUUUAGAAGUUAUUACGAAUCAAACAGGAGUACUUUUUUUUGGGCCACCCGGUAUAAAGUUUUAUUAUUAUAAAUCAUAAGUAUUCACUAGUUAUAAUAACUCCGCAUGUUGUCAGCUCUAAAACGUUGUAUUUCGGCUGAUGAGAAAGAUCGUGACUCAAUCUUUACGACCGUUCCGACCAUAUGGAAACCACGCUUAAUCCUACAUUGACUGCCAACUUAUGAUGAUACAUUUACGUCAGAACAUCGUUCGUGAGUACAAAUCUAUUAGCUGCAAAUCAAUUAGCCUACUCAAGCACAGGAUUUAAAAUGACUCAUUCGUCAUUAUAAUUCACUUCUGCAUGCCUGUAUAAAAACAUUCCAUGCAGUUAUAUUUAUAGCUAUUACAACUUUAAAAAUAAAGGCACUCGACCUUCAAGAUGUUCAGAGGAAGUUUAAACCCUUACUUGAAGUUAAAUACUAUUUAAUGUAAACAAUGCCUCGACGAUAAGUGACUAAAUGUUGCCAGAACACUUUUUCAAAGUCAAUGUAUUAUAUACUGUGUGCGGAACAGUGGCGCCGCCAAGAGGAGGGGGGGAUUAGAUUCGUUCAAUACACCCUUCUGGAAAGUACGUCACUUUGGAUAUAGAGCCUCGUUUUGGUGUGCGUGACAUUAGUUAAAGCCCAACGUCUCAAUCCAAUACUUGUUGAUAAUGUCAUCUCGACUUUAAAAGCCUUAAAAACAUGUAAAGCAACAGGUUUGGAUCAAAUCCCGGCUAAAAUUUUAAAAUUAUCUGCCGACAUAGUUGCACCUUCGUUAACAUUUAUCUUUAAUUUGUCGCUUACAACAGGCAUAUAUGUUGAUGAAUGGAAACAAGCACGCAUAACACCAAUUUAUAAAUCUGGAGAUAAAAAGCUUUGUGAGAACUAUCGACCAAUUUCUGUAUUACCGAUAGUGAGCAAAGCCUUUGAGAAGGAAGUUUUCCAUCAAGUUUAUACAUACCUGUCUGUGAACUCUCUAUUGUCAAAAUUUCAACAUGGUUUUCGACCAAAACAUUCAACUGUUACUGCCCUUAUCCAAAUGUGUGAUGAGUGGUUAGAAAACAUGGACAAUGGAAAAAUAAAUGGUGUUGUGUUUCUAGACAUUAAAAAGGCAUUCGAUUCUAUCAAUCAUCGUGUUUUAUUGAAUAAAAUGAAUGAACAAUUUGGAAUCUUUGGCUCGGAACUAAAAUGGUUCGAAUAUUAGAGUACAGCAAUGCAGUAUUAAUGGCAAAUUGUCUGACAAAAAAAUGAUUAACUGUGGAGUGCCUCAGGGUUCUAUACUGGGGCCCCUGUUAUUUUUAUUAUAUAUUAAUGAUCUGCCUGAUUGUCUGAGAUCAACCGCUCCUUGCAUGUAUAUGCGGACGACACUCAAAUAUUUUCAUCGUCUUAUGAUGCAAAUGAACUUGUUGUAAAGCUAAAUUCGGACCUUGCUCAUGUUUUUGAAUGGAUGAAAGAAAAUAGAUUGCAGAUACAUCCAACUAAAUGUAAAAUGAUGUUUGUUGGCUCCACGCACCUUAAUAAAUUAGGGUGUGAAGAGCCUAUUAUGGUAAAUGCAAAACCCAUACCACGAAUCAGUACACAUAUGUUGAAUUGGGACAGUCAUAUUAAUACAUUGAUAUGCAAGAAAGUAAAUGCAGCUAUUGGCGCUAUGAGACGUAUGAAACCUUUUGUUCCGAUGCAUACAUUAGAAUCUGUUUAUAAAAGCUUGGUACAGCCAUACUUUGAUUAUUGUUCCCCUUUGUGGGACACUUGUGGCAAGUCGGUUGUUAAGAGAUAAGCUCCAAAAAUUUCAAUCCCGGGCAGCGAGGGUUGUAACAGGUGCUAAUUAUGAGCCUCGGUCGGCUGAUGUUCUUAACUCACUCUCGUGAGACACUCUUGAAAAUAGACGUUCCGGUGCCAAGUCAGUAUUGAUGUAUAAAAUACUUAAUGACCAGACUGCGCCGGCUCUUCGGGGGUCUUUUGUGGGAAGAGAAAUGGAUCAAACUAAUUACAAUCUCCGCAAUACUGCAACAGACCUUACAUUACCUAAGCCAAAAAGAUAAUUUUUAAAAAAAAGCUUUAAAUAUAGUGGUACUUUGCACUGGAAUCAGCUCCCAAAUGAAGCGAAACUGGCAAGUUCGCUUCACUCAUUUACAUUAAAUGUUGGAUAGUGACAUGCAUACAUUUGUAUAUAGAAAAGUGUGUAUAUAUAUAGUAUUUAGAUAUAGUUAUUUAUUUAUUUUCAAACAUUUUUAAUAUUUAACACGCCCCUCAUGGAAAUCAGCCCAGAGUUGAGGGGCUAGCGUGUUCCUUUUUGUUAAUUUUAAAUAAAGUAUUGCCUGCCUGCCUGCCUGCCUGCCUGCCUGCCUGCCUGCCUAGUUUGUAAUGUAGCCAACAUUUGAAUUAAGGAAAAAUGAGGAACCCUGGAAACACAUAGUAUGGCAAAGCUUUUCUAGACUGACCAAGGCAGUCAUACAAACAAUUAUUACCAAAUUAAUUUUGUGGAUCAUAAAAACACUAGAUAGGAAACUCAUGAUCAUGCAUGAUGUUUUCAACGUGUUGAUGACUUCUCACACGCAUCACAAAUUUCAAUAGUAUAUCAAUCGUAGCUUUUGUGACGCCAAUUUCUUGAUUACGAAACUCACGAGGGAAGAAAAACGCAGUAAACUUUACUAUAUUCGUUAUAUUUGUGACAUCACGAAUUUCAAAUAAUAUCGUCUGCUGUUUCCUAUCCAUUUUGCACCCCAAAUUGCCUAGGCUCCAGUCUUCUCGUGCAAACAAGCGCUGAAUAGUAUAUUUAUCUUAGUAUAAUACUAACAAGUAAAGUUAGCUAAACUACUGUACAAAGAAAUCGUCAUCUUUUGUAAUCUUCGUGUAUAUUGUAUAAAUCACGAUUUCUGCAAAGACAAGUCAUGUCCAACCACCUAACCCGCGAAUGGGCAUACUAUGGGCAUGAUUUACUCGUUUAUUAGAAAGAUCGCGUGAUUAAUUGUAUCUCAUGUCCAUCAUCUGUCAUUUAAUACAAUAAUGGCUCCUUGUUCUAUCGUAAACACCUCAAACCAUAAGCACAGAAUAAGGAUCAGUACCAGAAGGGCCACUCAGCGGUGCAACGUGUCGCCAUUUUUCUAUGCAAAAAUGUGCAAUUGAAUUAUUGACUGGCCAGAAGGCGGGGCCUCCAGCCAAUACAGCGCGUUUAUUGGCCAGAAAAUGUUAUCGACUGGCUAUAGGAAGAUGGCGGCCAGGGUGACAGAAACUUCAAAGCUUCCGACGUAAGUGGCCCUUCUGUGUGCCUUAUUCUGUGCCAUAAGUGCUACGGUGAAGCAUGUGGUGACACGAAGGUUUUGUAAAGUAGAUUUCAGACAGAAGAAGAAAAAAAGGUUUCUCUCCCUAUUAGAUUACAAGCUAAGCCUUUGGGUCUUGACUAAGUUUUCAGGACCAUGUUGACAUGUUUGUAAUAUCAGCAUAUACUAUAUGUAUUCUUAGCGGAAUUAAAUCUUAUUUUCUUAUCAAGCAAAGCCAAAGGGACCUUCACUGCAAUUCAAUCAUGAGGUCCAUAUUUUCUUGCUCUAUGGACAUCUUGUAGCAAGAAAAACUUUCACUAUAGGGAGUAAAAGUUGCAUGCAUACAGUAAACGAGCUGCAAGAGUUGUUUACACGCUCCAAAAUGGUCAUUGUCUGCACAGGGUUCGUAGCGGUCUUUGAAAUCCUUGAAAGUCUUUAAAUUUGAAUGCAGGUCUUUAAGGUCUUUGAAAAGUCUUUGAAGUGCGAGAAAAAGCGAAGAAAGUCUUUAAAAGUGUUUAAAUUCGUUAAUGAUUAUUUGAUUAUACGAUUUCCUAGCUAAUAAAAUAGAUUGAUUGAAGCAAGAUUUUCGCAAAUAUCGACGAAAAAGUGCAUUUUAGGAUGUGAUUUGACGGGACUAAUUACCUGGUAAAAAUGGUGCUUAUAUAUAUAUAUAUAUAUAUAUAUAUAUAUAUAUAUAUAUAUAUAUAUAUAUAUAUAUAUAUAUAUAUAUAUAUAUAUAUAUAUAUAUAUAUAUAUAUAUAUUCGACACCUGAUUGCUCUCAAAGGUCUUUGAAAAGUCUUUGACAAUAGGCAGAAAAAAUCUUUGAAAGUCCUUGAAAUUUUUUGAUCUUGGAGACUACGAACCCUGCUGCAUGUUCAACAAAUUAAGGGCCUGGCUUCUGUUCUAUGUCAAUGAGAAAAUAUAGUAAUUGUUUUAUAGAGUUUAACGUUUACAUGUGGAGACGGCAUGAACGAAACUUUAAGUUACGGUUCAUGGCUCGCUAAAAUUUACGAUUUAGAUCUGUAUUUUUGGACAAUUAUUAUAUUGGUGGAAAAGAAAGUGUAUAUGAUUUAUAUAAAACAAUAUCGAAAGAGUUGCCAUGGCAACAAUGACAUUUCAAUAUGGCGGAUAUUUUGCUUCAAACCAUAACAAACCAUAACGUGUGUGUGGUCACCUUACUCGGCUAAACAACGUAAAUUAAUAGAGAACGUUCAACGCAGAGCAACGAAAUUCAUUAUGAACUACCCUCCUCGUGAUGUUACCUACAGAGACAGACUAAUAUCCUUAAACAUUCUCCCGCUUGAACACAGGCGUGAACUUCAUGACCUAAUGUAUCGAUCAAUUCGAAACUUCACCAUCCCCCCCCCCCCGGGCAUACCCCGGGAAUUUGACUUCAAGUCUUCUCCAGGGAGUAGGGAAUUUGACGUUCUAGAUCUUCCAUGUGGUGGGGCAUUUGAUAACGGGGUGGGUAAUUUGAACCGGAAGUCUUAACAUUUUGCCCGUUUUCGCGAAAAUACUUCGCAUUGGCGGCAAAUACAGUUUUCUCAGAUUUCGAGGGAAACGGCCUCAAUUUUGUGAAAAACUGGCUCAAAGAAACGGGCAUGGAAAAUCUAUGUGCUUCAUUUGAAGGUAUGUACUACAUAAUUGUGUAAAACUGUUAAAUUUCCACAAGGUAUCCAAACUUUUUACGUGAAUUUCGCUAUCUUGUCGAAAAACAUUUCCGUAUAUUUUGUACUUUUUGUAUUUACUGUUUCAUAAUUUUCAUAUGAAGGUGGGGCAUUUCAACGCUUAAUUUCUUGUUACAGUGGGGCAUUUGAAGACAUUUUUUGCACAGGGGGUGGAGAAUUUGAUCAGUCAAAUUUGAAAAAGUUCAAAUUCCCGGGGUCGGCCCGGGGGGGAUGGUGAAGUUUCGAAUUGAUCGAUACAUAAUACUAUUAUACAAAAUCAAAUACAACCUUCUUAAUGUCACCUUUAACCAAUACCUUACACCUGCAACUAACCCCUAUGCCACACGCAACUUCGACCCUAACAACUAUAAUAUAGUCGUCUCCAAUAAUCAAGAAUUCUUCCGACAAUCCUAUUUCCCACGUACCGUCAUCCUCUGGAACAAUCUACCACCAAACAUCAAAGGAACAAUCUAACAUCAAAGCCGCCCAUUCCCCACAGACCUUCAAGCAACAUCUACACACUUAUUAUAAAGCCAAACUGUUUACCUGCAUACCACCAUAGAAAAUGUUACUCUAAAACUCGUUGUACAGUAUCCUAUAUGUUAAGUUGCAUGUAAUCUGUGAUAUGUUCGCACAUAAUUGUCCUAGUACGUCUCGUUAUCCAUUAAUUGUUAAGGGGUCGAAUAUCAAUUGGAAUUUAGUUUCUGUUUUCUUCUCCUGUCACAGCAUUUUCCAGUUAUUGUUAUAUCUCUAUGCAAAUGUAUAUCUUUUAUGUGUGUGACAAAUGAAUAAAUAAAUAAAUAAAUAAAUGCUGUUAUUCGUGAUAAUCUUUUUGGCUCGACAAAAUUUUUUUACAAUCGUCAAAAUAAUUUAAUACACCAAGAGAAAGCAUUUUAUGAAAUGAAAUAUCCCCGGGGGUCUUUGACGUCUUUUUCGAGUUUAAUUACGUUAAAACCAUUGAAAUGAAUAUAUUAAAAUCAAAAUACCCGCCAUUUUGAAACGUCAUUGUUGGCAUUUGUUGCCAUAUAGCAAAGGCAGUUAUGUGCAAACUAUAUAAGUAAGAUAGUCUUUAUUUUUUCAACAAGUAAGUAAUUGUCCAGUAAGAACUAUCUAAAUCGUAAAUUUACCAUUUUUUAAUCUAUCCAAAUGUAUAGAUGUGCAAAUCUACAUUUUAUUUGUCAAACACUUUAUAAGAAAAACAAAAGGUGAACAACUUUUCCCGUGAAAACAAUUCAGUCUGUCACUAUAGAUCACAAGAGACAAAUAAUUUCACGCUCGUUUAAAACACUGAUUGAUCACCAGCUCUCUCCCAUAUUAGUGAAUUUUUAUAUAUAUACAGUAGACAUUUUACCUUCGCUUGACGUUUUAAUCUACUGAGCGUAGUGGUAAAUAAUUUUAGUAUGGCACGCCUUCGUUGUAUUUAUUCUGAAGAGUUUUAACUCUUAAAAGUUUAUCAUUUAAUCAUUUAAACUUAAAAGUUUAUCAUUUAAUCCCAGAUUAAGUCAAUAAAUAACAAAUGCGAUUGUUUUACUGGGAAAUGGAAAAGGUUUACUGUAGUUGAAACCAUAAAAAAUCAUGCACGGGACAGUAUACUUAUGUCUGCGAAACGAUCAUUCUCUUAAGUAAUAAUCCUCUAAACCUAUACACAUUUUUUAACCUUGUUACUAUGUAUCUGACUGGAGUAAUUGGAUUGGGCUGAAUUAUGCAUUCAGGAACUGACAUGAGAAUCCUAUGAGAUAAUCUUGCUGCACCUUAAACGUUUUGUGGUUUUCGAGUGCAUGCACUUCACAAUGAUUCUAGUAUAAACACAGAUUAUCUUUUUUACUCUUUGGAUCAGAAUUAUUCACGCAAUCAGAAUUCAAAAGAAAUUAUUAUACAAUAUGUACUUUACUAAUACGCAUGAGAAGCGGUUUUUUAACAAGAUUGAUUUUCAUAGAAUUUAGUCAUGGGAAGUAACUAUUUUAAACUGCAUUUGUAUAAUAUAAUCCAGAUGGCAGAUUGUAUUUGGUAAUCUGAUUUUAUACGCUACCAUGGUUAGGAAAACACUUACAAUGACACACCUUUUCACAUUAUCUUAUCAAUAGACAUAUAAUACUAUGUCGCAGAAAGCUAUAUGUUUUUGCAUGCAUGAUCUUUCGAAAUAUCUAGUGUACUUCAAAGGUUUUUUAUGACAAGACCUCUUGAUGUUUUUACUGCAUUUCGUGGAUAUUUCAAUGUUAAUUAUAGAAUAUUGCAUUAUUCAUUUAAAGGAUGCCGAGAGAAUUCGCAAGGCCUGGGGCAAACUGUAGGCGGUCUUUUGUCGUCAUACUUGUUAAAUGAUUCAAAUGUUAAAGAUGAUGUCCACUCCUGUGCACAUGCGCGAACUUUGUUUACGUUUUGAACUGCUCUCUUUGUAAAAUAUGAUAUACUAACUGAAUAUCUAACACUUUUCUGGUUCGCUAUACUUGUAAAUGAAUAUAAACUAUACGUUUCAAUUCAAAAAAGUUCGAAAGAUGCAAAAUUUGGGCAAUGUUUAUAUCUGGGGGUCCCCCUUUGUUAUGAGCAGAACUGGUGCGCAGAGCGGAGUGGACAUCAUCUUUAACUAUUAUUAUCGAUGAAUUAAUAACGUUUAUUGAUACUUUUCUGUAUAAAAGUGUUUAUUUGUUUAUGAAAUUAUCGAGGCAUAUGUAAAUCGAUGGAGCCUGUCUAACAUCAGCCGGAAGUACAUUCCAUAACUUAGCUCCGCUGUAUUUGAAUUUUUUUUAGAAAUUCUCUUUUAGACAUUGGAAGUGACAGAUUAUAUUAUUAUUUCUGAGAUCAUAUGCUGUUUCUCAUAUCACUUCUUGGGAACAGUGUGUUUGGUUUUAAAUUGGGAGCAGUGUGGUUAUUGAGGAUUUAUAACGAAAGAGGGGGGGGGGGGGCGAAAGAUCAAUGAUCUCUACAAUUCUGAUUUCAUAAUUGACUCCAGCUAUUCUUCUUGCUGCACGGUUCUUGGAACGCUGGAGCUUAUCUUGUAAUACUUUGCCAGUUUCCCCACAAGGGAGAGCAAUACAAAAUAAGGCUGAAUUAGAGCUCUGUAUAUAUACUGUUUGGCAAGGUAUUAUCAGGAACAAAAGGCUUAAUUCGCUUUGUACAUUUUCACCAACAUAGGUUAGUAAUCUGUUGAUUUACUGAAUUUUGUAAAAUUUCGAUUUUUUUUCAGGAGGUCAAAAGUUGCUCAUGUUAGAAGCUAUGCGACAUUGGGAAAAUAACUCUUGCUUAACAUUUAUCGAACAUACCACAGAGAGGGAUUACAUUUAUUUUCAAAAAGGAUCUUGUGGGUAUGUGAUAUAUCUUGAUGAUACUAAUGAUUUAUUUAUAUGUACAGUUGAAACAAGAAUGCCCUGGAUGGGAUUUGUGUCCACAGUCAGGGGUCAUCCUAAGAAAAAAUUAGAACUGCCCAUUUCAACAAGGAGAGACAUGAGCUUAUGACGUAUUACAUGCCUGAAUAUCUAUGGGGUCCGGACGAAUGCUCGCCCAAUAGAAUUUUGAAAGUCCAGAAUGGUUAUUUCCUGCGUUUUCAGAGCCAAAUUUGGUUUUAGGCUUAAAUCUCUGUAUGAAUGCUUAAUUUAUAUCUAUAUAAUUCGCAUGUAAAACUCCAAAACUCAAUUUUUGGACUGCCAGUUUUGGGAAAUGGGAGGCCUUAGGAUGUCCCCUGCCCACAGUCUCUGUUAUAGUCCAUGGCUGGAAAAUAUUUUACUUUUCUGGUCAUAUCGACAAGUCCUAACUGUAUACUGUAUGAGGUAUAACUGUGCACUAUAACGGUGGAUUCUAUUGGAUUAAACUAUAAAAUAAAGGCUCACGCUGAACUUGUGUCUAGGUUUAUUGUUUACUAAGGAAAUUAGCUUGCCCUCGAAUAUAGGCGUUUUCCAGAUUGGAAUGGUUAAGAGAUAACGUUUGAUAGGUUAAUAUUUAUUUGUAUUUACCGAACUGCAGUUCCUUGUCAUUUGAGUUCAUUUUGAUUUCAUUUAAUUUUCCUAUCAACCAAAUGUCGCAUGGUGCGCUAAUUCUUCCAUCCCUGUGCUAUUGUGUUACCACGCCAAUGAUAAGCACGCUUGUAUACCCGCACACCGUUAUUAGAAUCACUAUAAACCCGUACACCACCAUUAUAAGCACGCCUGUACCACGCACACCAUCAUUAUAAGUACCAUCAUUAUAAGCACCAAAUUAUAAGCACCAUCAUUAUAAGCACGCUUGUACCCGACUGCAGUUCUUCAAUGACGGUUCCGUUUAUUACCUAAUAUUAAUGUUUCAUGUAACAUUAAAACGUUGUACAUUACAGACUAGAAAUUUGUUUAGUGUAUCAAGGUUUUCUCUUUUUACAAAUUUCCUCGGAUAAAUACUAAAUGAACAUGUUUUGUGAUUGGCUUGCAAAAGUGACCAUCGUUUGGGACUCAGUCAUUCUUUAGAAAAUUUAUUAUCUCCUGUAGUUUGAUUUUGUUUCAUUGUUAUAAUCAACCAAUCACAAACACUGGAACAAUUGUGAAAUCCCAUACUAUGGAAUUUUCAAUUGAUUCCACAAUAUAUCCAUACUAUUUCCAUACCAUACCCAUAUUGAAAUUGCAAUUACUGAAUUGUAUGAAAAUUGGAUUUCCGUACUAUUUCCAAAGAAGAUCCAUACUAUUUACACAAAAUAAGGGUUUUGAAAAAAAUUUCCAGUAUUACGUGCAAAUAACAUCGGAAGAUUAUAUAUAGAAAAAUAUUUGGUGUAUGUAAUCUGCAAGGCUGUAAAUCAGUUUGAAUUGAAUAUUCUUAUUUAUUUACUUCGUAUUGCAUCAACAGUUUAUGAUAAUAUUUCACUGUGCAUCUGACAUAAAAAGUUGAUUAUAUUAUAUAAAUUGAAAUACAUAGAAAAGUGAGUAAACUUACGAAAGCGCAAGUUCUACUCUGUCAUGUUCCGGAUUUUAUUUUUUGCGAUAUUAAAGUAUUUCCGUUUCAUAAACACUUUAAAAUACAUCUCCGUUGUUAUUUUCCGUCCCCGUUUAAUUAUGUUUAAUUAUAGCACUUGACUAAGUAUGUAUUUCUCUAUCAACAUUAUUUCUAAUUUUCAUGGAGUUGUGUAUUUUCUUUUUAAAUUUGCUAGUUGUUGUUCGUUCGUGGGCAGGAAGGGGAAUGGUAAACAGGGUAUUUCAAUUGGUCAAGAUUGUGACCACUUCGGUAUCAUAGUCCACGAACUUGGCCAUGCUCUGGGAUUCUGGCAUGAACAUACACGUCCGGAUCGAAAUAAGUAUGUCAAAAUUGUCCAAAACAAUAUCGAGGAAGGUAAAUAAUUAUGUCAAAAUAGUUACAUAAUGACGUUACAAGUAUAUCCUUAUAUAUCCUAUACGAAUGAACCAUGAACAUCAAUGGUGGAUUUAGAGAGGUGCCAAGCACACCAAACCCAGUACUGGCCAGCAGCGUACUGUCAUGAAAGUGCACUUAUAGUAGUUUCUCGGUUACAAUUUACAGAUAUGUUGAAUAAAUAUACUUUAAUAAUUAUAUAAUUACAAAAUAUAAAUCCCCGAUUCUCUUGAUACUGUGAUUGUGUGAAAGAGAAAAUGAAAUUGAUAUUUCCAUUAUGAAAUACUUCUAAUGUUAGUCGUUUGCAUCAAAAUUAAGAAUUUGUUUUUGCAACAGGGGUGCACACUCCCUUCCUCCCCCCCCCCCCCCCCCCCGCAUUAAUUCACAACUGAUGAACAUGCUAUUUAGUUUUGUGAAAUGCAUUAAUAAUUCAUGAAGAAAACACAAAAGAAAUCAUGAGCGUGAUAGAGUUUGUAUAUCUAUACAAAAUCAUACUGAUUUACAUUAACUUUAAGUUCAAUUUUCUCACCAAAUAUCAUUCAUUUAUUUUAAAUUGUUGAAGAAUACGAAUGUUCUCGUCGAGACGUUUCACCAUUCGCGUCCGUGUUGUAUCAGACAUACGACCUCUCGCCUUCGGCUCGAGUUUGUAUAUCUGAAUAGCCGCUCAUGCUUUGUCUAUUACAUACAAGCACAAGUUGUUGUAACUCUUUCAUUAAAGCAGCGAGCAUACUUGUUGUUUAUGACAGUUUCGUUCAUCAUGACUGCUCAUGUUCCUCGUGAUGACUGCAUUCCUUACUUUAGUUAUUUUUUUAGUUAUACGUUAAACGUACAUGUAAAGUUGUUUUGGAAUUUAUUUUAAUGGUUCGUGUAAUGUAAUGUAAUGUAAUGUAAUGUAGUGUAAUGUAAUGUAAUGUAAUGUAAUGUAAUGUAAUGUAAUGCAAUAAAAUGGAACAUAGUGAAGUGCACUGCAGUGAAAUGAAGUGAAGUGUAGUGAAGUACAGAAAAUAAUGAAAAUCCUUUACUAAAUUAUUUUUCUUCGAUCUUUGUUGCUAAAUUUGUGCUCUUUGCUAAUCUUUUCCACAUGAAAGCAAUUCAAUUGAUUAUUCCAGAAUACUAAAUUAUUAUAAACUAUAUUGCAGGAAAAGAAAAUAAUUUUGUCAUAUUAAACAAUGACGAAGUGAACUCGUUGGGAGAAAAAUAUGAUUUUGCCAGCAUAAUGCAUUAUGCUCCUAAUCUAUUUUCUAAGAGAAGCUUCUCGAAUGUGAUUGUUCCAAAGGGUAACAUUUCGAAAAGUUUGCUGGCAGAGAUUGGUCAGCGGAAACAUUUGAGUACAGGAGAUGCGAAACAAAUAAAGAAAAUGUACAAUUGCCCAAGUACGUAAUAUUAAUUAUGUAUGUUUGUUAUUUAUGUGUAUAUACAGGGGCGUGGUGACGGGGCUCGGCGUGCAUCCCUCAAACAAGAUUUACUGUUGUAGUGUUGGUAGAAAAAUAUUGAGAGAAAAUCUCCUGAACUUUAGGAAUUUACUACAUGAAGGUUAAAAUAAGAAGCUAAAAAUGAAAUCUCCGCAAUUUGUGCGUACUCCUUGAAUGCCUGUCUUUUUUAUGGCAUAUGGUUACACUUUGUGUAUGAUGACGUAAAAUAAUUGUGUUUUGUAUUGUAUUUCAUAAUUGUAUUUCAUAAUUGUAUUUCAACAUUGUAUUUCAUAGAAUGUGGAAGAACAUUACAGAAACAAUCAGGCACAAUUUCGAAUCCUGUCAGCCGAAUUCUAAAUAAAUGUGAAUGGAGAAUUUUUACGAAUCCUGGAGAAGUAAUUGUUUUAAAUGUUAAGCGAUUUGAAGUAAUAUCAGGCACAAGUUGUGAAACUGAUUAUGUUGAAAUUCGAGAUGGUUAUCGCUCAAAAUCCAAACUUAUUGGAAAAUACUGCAGAGGCCGUAAACCACCGAAGGAAAUAACUUCCACCGGAAAUAGAUUAUUGGUGAAAACGAGAAUGAAAGGACGUUUCCUCUUCAGCUACAAAGGUAAACUAAAGACAUGAUUAAAAAUGAUAAGAAAAUGAUUAAUCUAUGAACACAAAUUAAUUUACUGUAAGCUGUAAAUUUUCCAAAUUUACAUUAGUCAAUUAUUUUUGUUUCUAGCUGUCUGUGGCGGUGUCAUAAAACUUGAGAAAGGAGAAAUUCAGUCACCAAAUUACCCUCUCUCGUACAGAUAUAACAAAUUAUGUAACUGGAAUGUUAUUGUUAAAGAGGUUGGCAAAGUUUUAAAGUUUAAUUAAAAGGUUUUACUCCGCAGCCUUACACCCAGGCGCUUGAUGAGGAAAAUCGCGCUUAAAACCAAGAAUACAAUAGGCAAACUUCAGACGUUCAGACUAGAACAAUAACAACGAAUUCUAUUUAUUUUCCCUAAAUGAAAAUUAUUAGACAAUGACAAACUAAAUUAACAGUCUCAUACCUAGACUCGGCAAACAGAGAGGACUGUCGAUAUUCAUAUGAGGUGUCUUUCUAAAACAUUCUUGUCUUGCAAGAUAGGGUUAGCCUUUUAAGAUCUUCCCUUCGGUAAAUGGUGAUGAUAUUGGAUAAAAUCACUUUAAUUUAGACAUUUUGAUAUAAGUGUCUGUUAAUAAGAGGUGGCCAGUGCAUAUUGUAGUUGGUAAAUUGUAUUAACCAAUGAUAGUUCACUGAGAGAAAGCUCUAUCAAUUUCUAGGGGACAAAAGUUGGAAUAACAUUUAGUAGUUUUGAUGUUGAAGAUGAAACAAAUUGCAGUUAUGAUGCUUUAACAAUUUAUGAUGGACUUAAUCAGAUUAAUCAGUUGGCAAGACUUUGUGGUAAAGUUGUGCCUAAAGAUGUGGUUACAUCAAGUAACAAAGCGCGUGUUAGGUUUAAAUCUGAUAAUUCCGUGGAUGGCAGAGGAUUCAAGUUGAAUUUCUUCAGUGGUAGGUUGAAGUAUUUUACAUUAGCUUCGUGUAAUCUUGAAGAAAUCUUUUGGAAGAAACCCCAGUAUUUUUAUCCUUACCAUCAUGACCAUGAUAUUUUUAUUUUGUUUGCAAUGACGUACUUUUGGGAUUUCAGUUGACGGGCAGGUAUAACAAACAUGGGCGGAGAGGGCGGCAACCCCCCAGUUUGUUGGGCAAACAAAGCCAGUCGGGCAAUAUUCGCUUCACAGUCUGGCAAUAUUGGCUUAUUAUAAAAAUAAAUGGGACAAAUUCUGUCAAUUUUGUGGGAAAUUCUGUCAAAUUUUCUCCGGAAAAUUUUUUUUGACAAGGCGGGUGAAAAUCCGAAAAAGUCGGGAAAAUUUCUUUCCGCCCCUCUAUUUUUUUCCUUCCCGUACGCCCAUGAUAACAAAACCCGGCUAUUUUAAUGUAUUGAUCGAGUUUAGAGACAGUUUAAGACUCAAAAGAUGAAUUACCGUUCAGUUUUUCUUGCUACAACCAUUCUGAUAGGAGAAAAAUCGUCCACAAGUUGUUUCAUUGCCCGUCAUUUGGAAGAAAAUUCACGUGAUUGCAAACAAAGAAUAUGCUUGACCCAAAAAUUUAAACGUUACAUUUUCUUUUCCUAUAUCAUGUAAUGCAAUGCACUAUACUGUAGUGGUAACACCUCUCUUGUUUUAAAGAUUACAGCAUUAGUCCCCAGUUUUCUCAUUUUUAUUACUGAUUUAUUCUGUUGUGUAGAGGUGGAUGAAUGUGAAACAAAUAACGGUGGUUGUGAACAUAUAUGUCAAAACACGAUAGGAAGUUAUAAAUGUUACUGUAACUCUGGAUAUGAACUACACUCUAAUGGAAAGGACUGCGAAGGUAUAUUUCUUUCAAACAUGAGGGUUUGUAGGAAAUACGAUCUACUAUAAGCUGUCAUGGUUUGUGUCUGAACUACCUGAAACUAUAUCUCAAACGAGAGCGUCUAGUGUAGUUAAUAUUCUGCAAUAAACUGUCGUGGGUUGUGUCUGAACUAUAUAUCUGAAAAAUAUAUCUCAAUCGUGAGCAUCCAGUGUAGGUAUAGUAUUCUACAAUAUUAUAAGCUAAGCUGUCGUGGUUUGUUUCUGAAUUAUAAAUCUGAAAACGAUAUCUCAAAUCGUGAGCGUCCAGUGUAGGUAAUAUUCUGCAACAAGCUGUCGCGGUUAAUGGUUUGUGUCUGAACUACCGUGAAAAUAUCUCAAGGUCGUAUUAUACAAUAAGCUGCUGGUUUGUGUAAUAUCCCUGAAACUGUGACAUUUCUUGUUUGAAUAGAGAAAGUAAUAACGGCUUAUUGACCGAGCGUGAGGUCUGUACUGUGAAAUAUCAGACCGAGGUUUUUUAGUAUGGACCGAGCGACGAAGGAGCGUGGUCCAUGCAAAAAACAGAGGUCUGAUAUUUCACAGUACAGACCGAACAAGCGAGGUCAAUAAUCGGUUUAUUAUAUGGCUGAACUGAGUCUGUGAGCAUAUGCUUUUCGCGCGAAUUAAAUCAGCUAUCGUCAGUUUCACUGGGUAAUAAUAUACGGUAGGCAUGCAUGCUCAAUCAAACACAAUUUGGUUGUUUGAAAUUUUUAUCUGUAAAUUUUAAUGACACACAAUUGGAAAAUUAAAAAGCAAAAUUUUUUUCUGUUUGCAAAGCAAAAAUAUCCCGCCAGAUAAACGACAUCCGGGACACCGGUCCAGAUACGGAAAAUACGGACCACGGUCUGGAUAUGGGUUUUUACGGACCGCUUGUCAACCAAUCAGAAUAGCGAAUUUUGAAAAGCCAUAUAAUAAUCUUCUUUAUGUGCAUGUUAAUUGUUUGUGAUAUUUUUAUUUGUAGCUGCAUGUGGUGGCGAGCUGAAAGAUAGAAACGGAACAAUAACGAGUCCAAGUUAUCCAGACCGAUACCCAGUGAACAAGAAAUGCAGUUGGUCUAUCAGAGCGCCGCCAUUACAUACAAUCAAACUGAGUUUUAAAGAAUUUGAAUUGGAAGAAAGUGCUCCGGUACAUUACAAAAUUUCCAGAUUGAAAACAUGGAUAAAAAAUCCAUUAUAUUAACACCAAUCAAGUAACACACAGUUACUUCGCUGUGUGGAUGGUUAGGGGCGAUGAGUGGCCUUUGGUGCAAUUGUAGGUGGGAUUAGUGCCAAACUUGUCAUGUUGCAAGUAAAUUGCUGACCUAUAUUAUCCUGGUUAGCUUCCCUUAGCACCAUGAUGCUAUGUUCCAUGACUUUAUAGCAUGAAGGCACCCCAGGCUCGCGCCAUUCCUAAGUUAAUAGUGAGCUUAAGCAAGCAAAUUUUUUCUCAACACGGACGUCACCCGUAAAAUUGGUAUAGCUCACUUUGGCGGCACUCUGCAUCAUAGCGCUCGUGUAAGAAAGAAAAAAAGUCUUGUGUGUUGUAAUGUGUGUUGAAGAUUACCACAAACUGAUACAAACACAGUUUUUAAUCCAGUCCUCUCCCCCUCGGUAAUCUGACGUCUGUUGUGACAAAAAUGUCGCUUGCUUUUAGCCCGUUCUCCACUAGGCGAAUUUUUUCGCGCGACGCGAAGCGAAAGACAAAUCUUGGCAAUGUGAUUGGUCAACGAAAAAAUUCGCCGCGAAAAAGUUGGAUCAGUUCCUAUACUUUUUUACUGUUCGCGCGAACAAAUUCGCCUAGUGGAGAACAGGCUUAAUUAAGCUCACAUUUCUUAGUUACAUCAUAACCUAGUUAGCUAUAAUGAACCUGGGAAUAUACUGUAACUUCAGAACUGACCAAAAGAAUACGAAUUUAGAAAGUGUAUCAUUUUUUCGUAACCAGGGUCAAGGUUGCUACGAUUACCUUGUGGUGAAAAACAAGAAAAAUACGACACGUUUAUGUGGCAAUAAAAAUCCAGGUGUGAUGAUGUCAACAACUAAUGAAAUGUAUAUUGAAUUUGUUUCGGAUAACUCCAUGUCUAAGAAAGGUUUCGAAGCUGAAUAUCGUACAGGUACUGCUAUAACACCUUCUAUACCAUUACCAUUAACCAAUCAGAUGCAUUUAAUCUACCCGAUAACCCGAUUAACCAAUCAAAUGCGUAUUAAGCCUGUGGGAGGUAGUGAAAGUCAAAUCUAAACCUCUCUAAUAUUUAAUAUUUCUAAACCUCCCUAAUACUUCAGAACACUAGUUUAGUUCAUUUAAUUUGGUUUAGUUCAGUUUAUAGUUUAAACUAGGUUAUAGUUUGGUUUAGUUUAUGGUUUAAACUAUUACGUACUAUUGUAGAUCUGCUGCGAGUGAGUUUAGUUUUGUCUGCGUUUGUUUAUCUAGUAAAAUGAAACAAUCUCGAUACAGUCGUAGGACUGGAUAAUUUCAUACAGUCGUAGAACUGGUAAAUUAUUACUAGUAAAUUUAAAUUGGCUAAUAAUAAUUUAAUUAAGAAAUUUGAAUGGACAAAUAUGAUGUGAUCAAAGUGUUGAUUUCUUGUUUUCUCCUGUAACACAACAUUCUUGCUAGAUAGAUUAAAGUAAAUUACAAAAGUAAAUUACAAAAGAUAAUAUUUAAAAAGAUCCGACAGUUUAUAUUUGGACAAAGUCCCAAGGCCAAGGGAACACGCCAGAAAUCACGCUGAUUUACUUUUCAUGACUUUUUGAUUUCGAAUUUUUGCCAUUUUGAAUACAUUACCAUGGCGUUCCAAACACGCGCCGAACAAUUCCAGGAAUUUAGAAUAACUUUUAAUUUGGCACGAACCAGAACACUAUGAAUUUAUUAUAAAUUAGGCUGGAAACCUACGUACUCCUUUUAAAAGAGUAAAUAAAUCCUGCCAAGUUAGCAUCAGCAGCAUGACCAUUGCGUGGCUGUAUUUAAUUCUUCAUGAACUUAUUUAGGCUUUGGAAGUGCUUGAAUUCGGAGAAUGGAGAUUAUAAUGAGAUUGCACGCAUCUCUCGGAAGAACAAUGCUACUCUACAGAAUUUCUGAGACGUUUUUGUCAAGUGAUAGUAAACUAUCUAAAAAAAGUAAAUGUGUUUGACAUUUUAGAUAAAGAUGAAUGUCAAGAGGAGAAUGGAGGAUGUGAACAAGAUUGUGUCAAUCUGAUUGGUGGAUAUAUUUGCAAAUGUCGAACUGGAUUUAUUUUACAUGACGAUAAACGUCAAUGUAUUGAAGGUAGUUAUUUGUUAUAUUAUUUGUUGUCAUUUUAUAUUAAAUUUUCCCAAAUGUUGUAAAGCCAAUACUGUAUUUCUUAUCCGUUGGCAUAAAAUAAAUUAUUUUCACCCAAUUGCUAAGCUAGGACGGCUAUGCUAGCCCAGGCGUGUAAUUCUAUGUAUUGCACAUCGUGAUGAUGUGAUCUCAAUCCAAAUAUAGUUAAAACAUCAUUGGUUUGUCGCAUCCUGACGUAAGUAUAAAGCGCACUUAUUUUCAGAAUUGUUGUAUUCAGUUUCCAAUUACCAAAGACAAACCUUGUUCCGUUGCUUUAGUGAUUAAAAAUGUCUUCAAAUAUGAAAUAUUAUAGUUUUAAAGCACGUUUAAUCUACGAAUAACAUUUAUUAUCAUUUACUUAUUCAUUUUUUCAACGUUGAUUGGCUAUUAAAUUUGCCUACAAAUAACUGGUGAGAAUAAUACGUCAGCUGCAAAUAACUGGUGCAAAUAAUGGUCUGAGCAUGCGCACUUUUGAAAUAAAUUCUCAAUUGCAAAAUAUCGAUUUACGCAUGCGCAUUUAAGAUUUUUAAAAACAAUUCAAAUAAACACAAAGUAAACAUGUUUUGUUAAAUUUUCAGAUAUUGUUAUUGUACAGAUUUGUUGAACUUCGUGACGGCCACAAAAUUUCGAAAAUGAAUAAGUAAAUGAUAAAACAAUGAUUGAACUCGGUUAUCGCAAAAUAUCGUGAUUUGUCAGUGGCUCGUUGAUCAAUUAUUUUCCUCUGCCUUCCGUUUGGCAUCGGCAAAUAGUUGAUCUGCUCGCAUGUAGCCAGAGUCAGAGACACCACGAUUAGAUGUGUUUUACGACAAAUUAGAUUUAUAAGCUUAUUUAUCAGAUUUAUUCAGCCAUACAGCUCAUAAGACUUAUAGUUAUAAGCGGCGGAGAAGAUAUGAAUAUUAUUUUGAGUGGUAAAAACAAACACGAGAAAAUAAUAUUCAUAUUUUCGAGCCUCCGUUAUUUUUAUUAUAUGGACAAAAAUGGAGAAAAAAACUCGAUAAGAACAGACUUGGCAACCACAUGAAACUUGUACGCCUGUAAUUACAGAAUUCAAAAACGCAAGUUAUAAAGCAACGGUUUUUUAAUAGACAAUUCCCAUUAUAGACUAAUUUUAAAACUAGGGAAGGAGAUGCAAAUAAAUUACCACAGCUAGAAAGAGCAUACUAAAAUUAGUAAAUUUGCAAAGUUUGGUUGCGAAAUGUUGUAAAAUAAGGAAAAUAUAGCCUUGCAAAUUUCGCAAAUUUUGUAUACUUUUGUAUUGCGUGCGACCAUUUUCGGCCCAAAUGUGGUAGGAAUGUGGUAGGAAUUCCGCACGCAAUACAAAAGUAUACAAAAUAUGCGAACUUGGCACGGCUAUAUUUUCCGCAUUUUACGACAUUUCACAACCAAUCUUUGCACACUUACUAAUUUUAGUAUGCUUUUUUUAGCUGUUGUGAUUUAUUUGAGUCUACUUGUCUUGUUUUAAAAUUAGUCUAUAAUGGGAAUUGUCUAUUAAUAAACGAUGUCUCUGCAUCAAGUCCCGAUAAUUUAAUAACUUUAUAAAAACAAGUUGAUAAAAACAAAACAAAGUGGGAAAACUCCGACAGUCACGCGAGGAAACACACGCGUUGCAUAUUUUUUGUUCAUAUUUCACUAGUGAAAUAUCAAAUAUGGAAAAUAUGAGUGUUUUAGUUUCCUGUAAAACACCCAUGUCCAUAUAAUAAAUGACUUUAUAAACUUUUGUAAAUACGUACGUCCAUAUACAAUUGAAAGUCAAUAAUAAGUGUUCAAAAUUAAGUUAUUGUUUCUUUCAGGUGGUAGGCACCCAGUGCUGACCGACCCCACAGGAAUAAUAACAUCACCCGGCUAUCCACUAGAAAUUUAUAAAAAUCAGUUAGAUUUGAGAUGGAAUAUCAUUGUUGCUCCUGGACAUCGUGUCGUACUAAGGUUUGAAGUAAGUUGACCAUUUCUCGAGUGUUUAUUUUAUUACCUGCCCACCUUCCACAAUGCACAUGUGAUUGCAUCAAUACUGUAGUCUCACACUGUUAUUUUCAGGAAGUUAAAAUAACUCCCCUAUUACUCCUUUUUAGUGGAGUUAAAAUUUUAGGGCUACUUUAACCCCAUUUCAGGAGUUAAAGUGACUCUCAUUGAGGAGUAAGGGGAUACGGGCAAAAUUAUAUACGGGCAAUAUAGUAUGCAAAAUUAAGAGAAAUUUUAUUUAAAUUAUCACCAAUAUUUUAAGGAUUUCAGUCUGGAAAAUGGAAACAGAUGUGAAUAUGACUAUGUGUUGGUUGAAUCAGGAUUUAAAGAUUCCGAAAAGAAAAUUUGUGGACAAAAUCCAAGUGAGGCACAGAAGGUACAAAUCUCGAGGUUAAAUAAGAUGGUGAUACGUUUUUGGACUGAUACAUCUCAUGGUGACAGAGGAUUCCGUGCUGUUUAUGAAACUGGUAAGCAUGUUACCUUCUGUUUUUUUUUUUAAUAUUACACUUGCAGUACUUGUUAUCGGCAUGACAAAAUUACUGGAUGCUGAUUGGGUACAAUUAAUGAUUUUCCCAAAACAAACAACAAAAUGGCGGAAAGGUAUUUAAACACAAAUGAAAUUGCUCUAGAGGAACUUGAAGCAAAAGAACUAAAUGAAAAUACGAACAAAAUUAAAGCACCAAUUCAAAUUUUGGUUGAAAGUCUGGCAGGGCUGGGCUUUGGGAGAGAAUACGAUGUUGACAUUGAGAAUUAUCCAAUUUUGUCAUGCUAAUGUUUUGGCAAAAUGUCCAAACAUGAAACAUCACACGUACUAUUGGUCCCUAAGGGACCGAUUACAUGGAGCAUUUUCAAGCCCGGGGUUGAACUCAGUCCUGUUGACCGGGUUGAAAUUUUAACCCUGUCCGUAAUACAAAACUCUAUCAAAAUCAAACGCGCGAUUACAUGACGAAAUGUUCAACCCAGGGCUGAGUUCAACGCCGGGGUUGAAAUUUCAACCCUGCUUCAGCUGGGUUUUUUUACUCUUGGGAGUCAAUGCCGGGAACGUAUAUAACAUUUCAACCUCGGGAGGCUCCAUUUACUACUGUUCGGAGUACUACGGAUUUUGGGAACACUAAUGGAAUGGAACAUAACACGAUCACAUGACUGUUCAGAACUGUUCUGGCUGCCCCAACUUCAAAGCAGGGGCAGCUAGAACAGAUCACGUGACGCUGCCAUUUUCACGUGAUUGCAAAUGGAGGCGACAGAUUUUGUGUAUCCAAUGCACACUGCAAAUUCGAUCAGUCGUCACCAAGGCUUCCAAACGGUUAUACGCGGUCUUCGGGUAUUAUGCCGCGGUGGUGUCCCUUUUUUGAAAAACCGGUUUUUCGGUUUUGCCAAAGUCCAAGCACCGAAAAACCGGAAAAAGACGAAGAACCGGAAAAAAACGAGAUGGGACUAUAUAAUAAACAGAACAUUACACGGUGGUUUGAAGAUAUGACUUUUAUCUUCUCGUGUUAAAAACAAUAUUUUACUCAGUUGCUGCGCUCGUUCGUAAAAUAUUGUUUUCACCCCGACUCGAAAGAUAAAACUCAUAUCUUCGCGCCGCUGUGUAAUAUCCUCUCUAUAUCGUUAUUCUAUUGAGUUUCACAGCCAUCUUCCCUUCGAUAGGCUAUGGUUACACACUAUAGAUUAGAAAUUAAUUAUUAUAAUUUAAAUUUGAGUAAUGAAUAAUGAUAAUUAUUAUUUACCUGAAAAUAAUUCAAGAGUUUUGAUUGGCCAAGAGAGCUGCCUAAAUUUGGAGUGGAAUAUUGAAGUAAUCGCAAUUAAAGGAAGUAAUCACAAUUAAAGAAAAUACUGUAAUGAUGGGAUUAUACUAAACCGCAGGCAGCAAAAAGCUACUCUGGGCGGUUAAUUAGUGAAGUUUAUUGCAUAACUUAAAUAUAAUAAUUAUAUCUUGAAAUAAUUAUGACACAGGCUGUCGACAAGGUGUGUUCGCACGUCCGGUUGUCCCCAGUUGUUGUAAAUUGUUGUAACAGGCUUGGUGGCAUUAUUAGACUUGUUAUAAGGUUUUCUAAGGUUAUAACAAUUAAGAAUGUUACAAGGUUGACGACACAAGGUUAUAACAAUAUUGUUAUAUCAUUACUGUAUCAGACUUGUUGGAACAACCUUGCAACAAGCUAGUUUGAUAAUGCCACCUUGCAUCAAUAAUAUCAACAAGGUUGUUACAAGUUGUUAAAGCUUGUUCCACACUUGUUGACAACUUAGGACAAGCAGUGCGAAUACAACUUGUUGACGGCCUGUUGGCAGACCGAUUCUUGCCGUUUUGACAUGGUUUUCCUAACCUUGUUCUUAUAUGAAACAUGAUUGUUAACAAUUUAUUUAGUGUGCGGUGGUCGUCUUCAUGCUGACAAACAUGAACAAUCAAUAGUCUCUCAUGUUGAAUUCAACCUGAAGAAUUCAACCGUUAACGCAACUUGUACAUGGCAUCUGGCUGCUAAGAAAGGAUAUGUGAUUAAAAUAAAGUUUCAGAUCUUCGAGUUGGUAGAUGAUGGUUGUGUUUCUGAUUUCUUGACAAUAACAGACGGAUCUGAUGAAAAUGCACCAACGAUCGCGCGACUUUGUGGCACGAGGACUGGGCUCGAGCUACAGAGCACUGGGAAUAACAUGUGGUUACAAUUUCAAAGUGAUGGGAGCGAAGCGAAGAAAGGAUUCGAGAUUAGUUAUAAAAGAGUUAUAAAAUUAUAAUCUUUUAACAGCAGCAAUACCGAGUUAAAAUCAAAAUUGUCAGUUUUGCCAGACAUAAAUUCCAGGAAAACAUCUGAUUGAUAUUAAAGUUAUUAAUAUAUUGUCUGGUGAAAAUUGUUCAAUUUACAAAAUUUCAGCACCAAAGUCUGUUUUUUAAUCAAAGCCACGGCCAGCUGAAACUAAUUGUUGAAACAGCAUGCUUCUUUCCUUAUAUGUGAAAGUUUCGACUGGACGUGGUUUUAACCAAACAGAUUACUUUGAAAAUAUGUUUUAAUGCAGAUAUUGUUUCAAGAAUAUCAUGAAUUUAUCAGCAUAUCUGUUUGUUCAUACUGCACACUAUAACAGUCUCCGAGAAAGUUUAUAUCAUGAGACAAUAUUUUAUUGUCUGUCAAUACUGACAAUUGACCUGCCAACUGCAAGUGGAACAAUUUCAGAAACAUUAAUCGCUUGUACUGAUCAAAGACAUAUAUAUAUAUACGUUUUAUCUAAUUGCAUACGUAGUCUGCUAAAACCCAUUCACUUAAUAAUUUAACAUAUUUAGUCAGGCAUAUAACUAACCACGACGUUUGUGCAUGAAUGUAGCGUUACUAGCUUGCAUAUAUAACGCAAAUGGUUGUUACCGCAAAGUAAAUGUAAAGAAUUUUAAUGUAUUCACAAUGAAUAGUGUAGUAGAGUGGAGAUGUUAUAUAUCAAUCUGAAUAUUAUUAACCUCACUGAUAUAUCUUUAAACAAGUAAUUGAAAGUAAGAUAGUUGUUAGACGAACACUUUGUGAACUUUAAAAAGAUUAGAACAUUUCCUAACCUUAUGACGGAUAGACGUAAUUUGGGUUCUUGGCAUGCAAAGGAUUAAUACACGCCUCUUUGGUACGAUUAAAAUCGUCGGGGCCAAAGUAAAGGUACGUCUAUAUGCAUAUCCGUUUUGUACGGUCAUGUUCCAGUCUUUUUAGACAUCACAACAAAGUUCUAAUGAAUGUAGACUAAUCUGUAGUUUAUUAAUCUCACCUUGUUAAACCAUUGAAUGGUAAAUAUAUAGUUGCUGGUGGUAAAUAUAUAUAGUUGCUGGUUCCUGUUGGUACAAUCUUGCUGGG